AUGCAGCUUCUUGGACGCUUUUGUUUGGCGUCGGCGGCUCUCUUCUAUGCCACAUCAGCAGCACCGGCUUCUAGAUGCCCUUCAGCUUCAGCUAGCCCUUCCUUGGCCACCAAGAAUCCCCUCCUGCCGAAUCCAUUCGAGUUCUUGUCUGGGGCACCUGUCUCCAGUAAAGCAGAUUGGUCUUGUCGACGCGAGGAGAUCUCGGCAUUAUUCCAACAAUAUGAGCUUGGCAUCAAACCUGGCCCGCCCGAGAAUCUCGAAUCCAACUUCCAGAAAUAUGCAGACGGUACGGGCGGCAAUCUCACCUUGACAGUUUCGAAUGGCGGCAACACAAUAUCCUGGACGGCCACGGUCGUCUACCCCAACACGACGACUGGGAGUGGUCCGUACCCGGCGUUAAUCGCCCUCGAUCUCCUGACGAUUCCGGCGCCCGAUGGUGUCGCCAUAAUAACGGCAUUCGUUUCCGAGUUCGCACAACAGGACAAUACCACUUCUCGAGGAAAGGGGUUGUUCUAUGAGCUUUAUCCGGACACGUCGCCUCAAGCUGCCGGUGCGUUGAUGGCCUGGUCCUGGGGCGUCUCGCGCAUCAUGGACGCCGUCACCACUACCAGCGAGACAGGCAUCGAUCCCACGCGGGUCGGGGUUGUUGGGUGUUCUCGAUGGGGAAAGGGCUCGCUCGUGGCCGCAGCGUUCGAGGAACGAAUUGCCCUGGGCAUUGUCCAAGAAUCAGGCUCCGGUGGCGCGGCGUGCUGGCGGUUGUCUGAUGUCGAGAAUAUCAGCGUCAACGGUAGAGACACGGUGCAGACCGCCCACGAGAUCGUCGGCGAGAACGUCUGGUACAGCCAGGAAUUCGAGGCGUUCGCCAACGAGACCGACGGCACCCAAAGACUGCCAUUCGAUCACCACAUGCUGGCGGGCCUUGUGGCGCCCAGAGGGCUCUUUGUCGUUGACAAUCUUGGAUUUGAGUGGUUAUCGCCUUGGAGCAGUUACGGAUGUAUGACUGCUGCGCGAGAGAUCUACAGGGCUUUGGGCGCCCACCAAGCAUUCGGCUACAGCGAAGCUGCUAACCAUACGCAUUGUCAGUUUCCCGUCGCCGAUCAGGGGGCCGAGCUCGACACGUAUGUGAACAAGUACCUGCUGGGCCAGCAGAUUCAGUCAAACGUGUUUAGGACGGAAGGCAAUUUCACUUUUGACCAGGCGCAAUGGAUUGACUGGGAGACUCCAGCCCUCAGCUGA